GACAUUGACAAACAGUUUCAAACAGCGAUCGAACAUGUCAUUAUGUUCGAAACUUUAUUACCCUUAUUUAUUUUAUUGAUUCCGAGCUGUCGCACUUUUCGUGCUCCAAAUGUUGGUACCACUCUUUUCACAGAAUCAGACCUUAACAAGCAAUGCUGGGACUCGGACAGUAUAUCUUUACUGCACUCCAGGAUGUUUUUGGAGCUGCUACUACCUUGUCCAAGGGUUCUCUACGAGCUGGACAAUGAGUUCUCUGUAGACUUGAUUAAGUAUUUUAGUCUGGUACUGACCACCAUGCAUUCUUUUCCUGAUGGAAGGAAGAAGCAGCUGAGUAUAUACGCUAUGGAGGAUAUUAUUGGUGGCUACUUCCACUCUCUCAUCUUGCCAAUAGCUAGAUUCUCUUACUACUCAGGAAUCAUCAAUUGGAGGAGCAUGAGGAGGUUGAACCGUUAUUACAACCAACUCAAAGAAGUCCUUAGGACGGAAGGACAAGGCUGGGCACCACCAAGACCCCAAAACUGGGAAAACUACGACGCCAGAAGACUUCCGAUGCGCCCAAAAACAGCAUGUCUCGAAGGGGAGGUACCAUGCAGCAAUAUCCGUCUUUACCGACGUCUAAAGUGCUGCGACGAUAUGAAGACCUGCGGUAGAUGCAUGAAGGUAGCGGUACCAGUCCCGUUUUUCGACUGCAAGAUGAAGCCCCACGCUUUGGCAGUGCCCUUCAAGAACUGCCCCCUCUUCGACGUCAAUUCUGGAAGAUCAGCCUACGUCCUGAUCAGGUUUUUCGUACAGAGCUACCGCUGCCUGUACUGCAAGUGCAACCACGCAGAUUGUCUGUCGAUCUUCAGGAGCAACCUGUACACCUGGUUGAUGGACGAGGUGGUGCCGAGGUUCAAUGAUGACAAGACCUACGUGGCCUUUGGCGGGGUGAUAAGGCUCAUCAAGACGUUGGAGUGUCAAGGUGUUAGGCACGUUGACUUGCUUCAUGAGAGGCAGUGCUACAACAGAAUGGCCGGUGUUAGUGAAGAUCCGUUUAUAGAGUAUACAAGGCAUAAGCUGAAGGUGAUACUGAUAGCUCUAUUGAUCGUCCUCUUAUUAUGGUUCCUGUUGGCUUCCUGCAUCAUUUGCUGUAGGAUGGCGAGAAAGAGGUGUACUUGCGGAAAGCCAGCGAGAAGUGAAUCUAGCAAAUCCAGAUCAGGAGGUUCAAGAAAAUCUUCAACGUUGCUGGAGAAGAUUCUGGGAGAGAAAGGGAAGAGACGCAAAUUGUGGUGCAGUUGUGGUAGUAAAACUUACUACUCCCUCACGGAUGACACCAGCAGAGCGAAGACCUCUACUCCAAAAUCCGAAGAUUCCAGUCCGAAAUCCCUCCCGUCCAGUCCUAAAUCUAGCUCUCCAAGGACGUACUUCAGCUCAGACUCCCAGUCUCGAUCUUCCAGAGGAGACAUUCAGGCCUACUCCGCGGUGGAAGAGUCCAUCUCUAUCAUCAAGGGUAGCACUUCUGGAGAGUCCAGGGGACUACCACCCAUUGUGGAGAUGUCCGAGAAGUCCACGGCGAGCGACAGCAAGGGCAAGGUGAAGUUUGGACCAUCGGUGUCGAGGUCUGCCACAGAGGCUAGUGCAACAGGUACAGAUAAGAGGGAUUCCUUAUCAGAGCUGGAAUCCUCAGUGUCGAUACCAGCAAAGACGCAGAGAUCGACGAAAGCAGACAGCUUAGAUUCUGGGAAAUCUGGCAGUAUACAGGAGGAUUCACAGGCUCAUUGUUACAGCGAUGACAGCGAUUUAGCUACUGAAGAAACUGGAAGAACUGACAUAUCUAGUGAUUCUAUAGAACAGUUACCACCUCGUUGAGAGGGAGGUGCCAGGAAGUUAGUUAUGAGGUAUUAAGAAUAAAAUAUUAUAUUAUGGAUAUAUAAUUAUAUAUCUUUAUGUAGAAAAAAAGGAAACUAUAUGCAAUAAAAUAUUUUUUUAUUUAAA